AUGGAGAAGGUGGAUGCUUACCUUUACGUUACCCAUAAUACUAAAUACACCCCUCUCGUUCAUGCCUUCUCUCCUAUAUAUCUUAAUUACUUGAAAAUAUCAGGGGUGUGGGUGUUUAAGAACGGUGUAGUCCGUCUUGUCGAGAACCCAGGGGCAGACUCAAUGGAGAGAGGACAUAGAAAAGUGUUAGUCCAUGUCCCAACGAACCAAGUGGUCACUUGUUAUGAACAAUUGGAGGCAAAGCUGUUUGAAUUAGGGUGGGAGCGUUAUUAUGAUGAUGCUCAUCUUCUUCAAUUCCACAAACGUUCAACCGUUCACUUGAUUUCUUUGCCUAAGGAUUUCCGCAAGUUUAAUUCCAUGCAUAUGUUUGAUAUUGUUGUCAAGAACCGUAACAUGUUUCAAGUUAGGGAUGUAUAGUUGUUUUUUUAUCUUUCAUUAAUUUAUUCUUCUUCUUCUUCUUCUUCUUCUUCUUCUUCUUCUUCUUCUUCUUCUUCUUCUUCUUCUUCUUCUUCUUCUUCUUCUUCUUCUUCUUGAUGAGUUACCUUUUUGUCCAUUUUUUGUAUUUGUUUAUUUUUAGAGGUUUGAUUACUGUGUUCAAAAGUUUAAUUUGUGAGAGUGCGGCGUCUUUGGAUGGUUCUGUGUUGUACUUAAUUAACUAGCUAGGUUAGAGAUCUAGGCUGGUUUAAAUGGUUGAUUAAUGAUUAUCAAAGUUAUGUUUAAUUAAACUAUGUAUUGACUAUUAAGUGAUGUCUAUCUGUAUUAUCUGAUUUUUUAUGGAUGAGUCUUGUAAUCCUUUCUUUAAUACUCUACUCAAAACAUAUGUCUCACAUAAUAUAAGCCCUGGCCGACUUGUAAUAAUUUAUCCCUCUAAUAAUAAUUUUUUUUUAUCU